AUGUCAGUUCUGCCGCCCAAUUACAACCUCGAGGUUCCCAAAACCGUCUGGCGCGUGCGACAAGCGAAAGCGCGCUGCGUCGCGCUGCAGCUUCCCGAGGGCCUCCAGAUGUUCGCAACAACCCUAUGUGACAUUAUCGAGCGGUUCGGCGGCGCGGAGAGCUGCGUGAUUCUAGGCGACGUGACGUACGGCGCGUGCUGCAUCGACGACGUUACCGCAGCAGCUCUUGGCGCGGAUUUUCUCGUGCAUUACGGGCACAGCUGCCUGGUGCCGUUGGAUCAUACGGCCAUCCCGUGCCUCUACGUGUUCGUCGAUAUCACCAUCGACGUCCCCCAUUUUAUCGACACAUUGAAGCUCAAUUUUCCGCCAACAGAUCACCUCGUACUCGCUGGCACCAUCCAGUUCACAGCAGCAGUCCACGCGGCCAAAUCCGCCCUGUCAGACCAUUUCAGAGGCAUCUCAGUGCCUCAGGCCAAACCACUCUCCGGGGGCGAGGGUAACCCGCGCACUGUAGACCACUGCGUGAGGAGGAUCCGCACUGCGGGCGGCACGCCGGUGGUGUUUCUUGUCUCGGAGCUGACUCCGGAGAAAGUAGCUGCAGUAGGGGUGGGGUCUGGUGGGUUGAUGGGGUUGAGCGAAACAGAAGCCGCUGGUGACGUGGCAGGAGCUGGUGCUGGUGACGUGGCAGGAGCUGGUGCUGGUGACGUGGCAGGAGCUGGUGCUGGUGACGUGGCAGGAGCUGGUGGUGGUGACGUGGACAGGGCCCUCGGUGAGCUGUCAAUUGAAAGAGUGGGCACGGAGGAGGAGAGCAUAACAAGCACAGGCAAGGAGAUUGGGAGAGCGACAGGUGGGAGAGAGACAGGCAUCGAUGCAUGGGUGCAGGUGGCAUGUCCGAGGCUGUCAAUAGACUGGGGGGAGGCCUUCACUGCCCCCAUGCUCACUCCCUAUGAGCUAGAGGUUGCGCUCGGGUUUGCUCCCCCCUGGUGGGGUGGCUGCUUCUGUGACAGUGUCAGUGACUCUAACGUCCAAGGGGAUUUGGUCGAAGGCAAGCUCCGACCGAGCGCAGCAGGCAGCAGCAAGGACGAGGAAAGAGCCUUGGAGAAAAGGAGCAAGGAGCACGAGGAAACAGCGCCCAAGCCACAGGCGUCAUCAUCAUCAGCUGCAGCAGCCGAGCCAGGGAAGGCCAAGGGCGAAGGGAAACGGCCAGAGGAAGAGGAGGAGGGAGUUUAUCAGUCAGCAGGUGCUUCGAAAGUAUCACAGGAGGAGAAGGGUGACCAGCUGCUGGAUCGAACGGACAUGGUUCACUACCUAGACGUGAGGAACGGCUGGGAUUUAGCCGCCUGCGAGCCGUGCUUCGAUCGUGUGGUCUCCCGGCGGACAAAGCUCGCCCUGGGGAUCCACAGCUUGAGGGACUUGCGCUCGAACUCCCGGCGGCAGCUGAAAGAAUCCGUAUCUCUCGCGUUACCACUCACGCCAUCAGCCCGUCAGGCAUCGUCAGCAGCUCAGCAGGCGAAGGCGCGGGCGAUUGAAAAGUUCUCCUCAGGAGUUCCUCUGCCGGAGGGGGCGCUGGGAGGGAGGCAAGGGGUGCAGUCCUCUCGAGAGCGGUACAAAUGGAAGAGCGAGCGGGCGGCUGGGGUUUGUGCGGAGGCGAUGGUGCUGGAGUGGAUGGCUGAGCCUCGUGUGGGUGUGCUGAUGGACCUUGGGAUGAUCAGAUCCCGCCUGCCGGCCAUUCUAGGGGCCCAUAUGGACUCAGACUCUGCCACGUUCCCGGGGGUAAUGCGUCAGCUGGGGGCAGUGAGGCGGGAGAAGGAGGACCAGCUAGCCUCCCUGCUGGUGCAGGUGCUUGGGGUGAAGGAGGCUGGUGAGCUGAAGGAGGGGUUUGGGUUUUUCGUGGAGAAUUUGCUCGGUGUGGGCGCCACCGAAUUCGCCCUUGCAUUCGCCAGUGUGAUUUCAGAGAGCGGGCAGCGCAAGCAGGGCGAGGUGUUCUGUAUGGACGCUGAGAGUGCGAGCAAGUCGAAUGUAGAAGAUGCAGCGAUCGAGGAGGCACGAGAGAGGCUUAUCAGGGAGAAGAAGGUGGUGGGAAGGGAGGUGGAGGUGGGAGUGGGAGGUGCAAUGGAUGAUGCAGCAGCUGCAUCGUCGGUCGUCAACAACACAAACCCGCUGCUCACCGACCCACCCGUCCCUGUCAACACGAACAGCAUCCCUUCACUCGUCCCUGUCAACACGAACCCGAUCGUCUCAGCAAUGGCGUAUCGGGUCGGCUGUAUCCUGCAGUGGGUGCGAAUCUACGGCUCAGAUUUCAUCUCAGCUAGGAGGUGCUUCAAGGCUAGGCCUCAGGGAAAAGUUCUGCCCAUGCGCCACCCGCUUCGGGACCUUCCGAGCGUGCUGGUGAGGCUCGGUGCCAUUCCCAAGCCUCUGCCUUGGAAGCACUUUGAUUCGGAGUGGGAGGAGUGGCCACGGGGAGAGGAAGAUGCUGUGAAGUUUCCUGACGAUCAGAGCGUGCGUUGCUUCCAUCUGGGGAUUGUAGAAGAGGCGGGGGUGGGAGAUCAGGUGAACAAGGGAAGCAGCAAGGGGGGUGACAGGGGAAGUGGCAUGGCGAGCAAUGGGGGGAGUGGCGGGAGGCGUGGCACGGGACGUGACAGGGGGAGUGGCGGGAAAGGGGGAGGGGGAACGCACCCAGCCAGAGCUUCACCACCACCCCCUCAAAACAGAGCCCUGCCCAUCGUGCGCUGCGCAGCAGACGCGCAUUUCUUAGUGGAGUUUGCCGGGCAUCAGGUCUAUCCCCCCGCGUGCGCGCGCUGCCGCUCGUGCCUAGACCAGUUCACGUACCACAUCCCCUUCCUCACCCUCCUCGCCAAUUUCGCCUACCACCCCGCCACCGUCCUCCUCAACCGCUUCCUCUCCGUCUUCCCCCCGCGCUCCCCGGAAUUCUCCAAGCUGGUUGACCUGCUGCUAUUAGAGCCGUUCCCUCGAGGUACUUGCGCGGCGUUCCAGACGCACGUGGUGAGGGAGAGGGCGGAGGAGAUGCCGAUUCAUUUUCUGCUGACCGUGGCACUUGCUGAUUGCGUGGAGGACGGAUGCCAUGACCGAUCUGAUCGACGACUGCAGGAGCGGCAGCAGCAGCGGGGGGCCGCCACGCAAGUGCAGCGAGGACGUGGCGACAGAGCUGUGCAACAGGGCGCUGGAUUCAAGGUUCCGUGA